AUGUCGCUGGACGCCUUUAAUCUUGUUCAAUUGAGAACCGCUUUGAGGUCCAAAGUAUCAUUUCAGAUUGAAGCUGUGAAUAGUCUGGGCAGAACAGUGCCUUUAGACAAUGAAGAUAGCACAUAUUUAAUUAAGACUGCCUCCAUGACGGUGUAUGACAUUCCUGAUCUGCAAGGGGGGAGAGGAAAUUUGGGGUCUGUGGUCUUUUCUGAAUCUUUCCUCAAGUCUGAGAUACAUGUUAGAGACAAAGAUGGAGAAAUCACAUCAGACAACAGCUAUAUCAUUUCUGACUGCUGCUGUUCCCCGUUUUAUGUCCUGGCUGGUUGAGGACAAUGAGGUGAAACUUUCAGAGAAAGCACUGAAUUCGGUGAAGGAACACAAAUCAUUCCUGGGGAGUUUCCUUUCCGGAGGGGAUGAGACCUACAUAUGUUCCAGCAGUCGGCACAUUUCAUCCGAAGAAGGUAAACUGUUCUUCUUCUCACAUGGCGUCCUAUUUGUUCACCCCAACUAUGGCAGUGUUAGCAUACCACGGAGUCACAUGACUUCUGUCAAGUUCUAUGAUGGUGAUUCCAACAGUGUGGUCGCCGUUUUGCUAAUAGAGUACAAAAGCUCCCUGCUUCCUCACCUGCCUAUUCAUUUCACUUCUCCCGGCAACUUUGUCACGUUUGCACUUUUCCCCAAAUCCAAGAGUUACCGGGUUUUCUACUCCCAGGUACUGAACCAGUGGCAGCAGAACUCUGACAAUUCCGGA